AUGGCAUCAGCAACGUCCUUCCGCCAAAUCAUUGGCGCCCCGGCCUCGACGGCCUCGCCCACUGACAGCACCCUCGUCAUCAUUGACGCCCAGAACGAGUACGCCGAGGGCAAGCUCGCCGUGGCCGACGUCGCCUCCUCCCGCAAGGCCAUCGCCGGCCUCCUCAAGAAGUACCGCGACGCCGGCGGCAGCGUAGUGCACAUCAUCCACGACACCCCGGAGGGCGCGCCAGUGUUCACGCCCAAGACACGACUGGCCGAAGAGUUUGAGGAGCUCGCGCCCAAAGACGGAGAGAAGGUUGUGAGAAAGAACUUCCCCGGAUCGUUCGCAGGAACAGAUUUGGAGACGCAUCUGAAGGGGUUGGGGGAGAGGGGGAAGAAGGUUGUUUUGACAGGGUACAUGGCCCAUGUUUGUGUAUCCACAACCGCGAGACAAGCUGCUCAGCGCGGGCUUGAUGUGCUCGUGGCGGAGGAUGCAGUCGGUGAUCGUGAUAUUCCUGGCGUUGAUGCUGCGCAGCUCACCAAGGUAGCACUGAGCGAAAUUGGUGAUGCUUUCGGCACCAUUGUUCAGAGCAAGGACAUUGCGUAG